CGCGAAUUGAAUCGCCAUCAGCCCAGCCCAACCCAACAUUCAAUUCAUUGCGCGACUCCGCCGUCGCAUUUUUAUCAUAUUGUUUUACUGCGGGGGCCAGCUACAGUUGCUAUAUCGUCUUUGUUCGCAUUGCAUCACUGUGUGCGACAACUAUCGUGCACGCGCAUCGAUUGAGCGGGUAGAUGAAUGAGCAGCGCCUUCAAUUGCUUGUAUAGCUGAGAGGUAAGGUACAACAUUACCUACCUAUCUUGCCCACAUACCUGCCCAGCUGGCUAGAUCAGAUCUAGAAAAGUGCUGGUCCGCCAUCCAAGUGCAUACCAGUCAGCCCGCCACUGCGUCGAAUUACUGUACGGACCAUUCCAUCCCAUUCCAUCGCCGGAGCGACGAACGACCGACCGUCACGUCACGUCAGUGAAGGACGAGCGCGCCUUCAGAUAAAUCGAACCCUUGCGCGCCGUGUGACAUAUUUAUUGGCCUUGCCCACUAGAUGGCAACCUCAGAUCCUUCCAACGCCACGCCUCCCGGCCCCGGUUUGGAUGUCGGCGCUUCCAAUGUCGACAAUGCUGUGACCUCUGGCCAGUCGGCGGCCGCGUCGGUCGCUGGUUCAUCGUCAUCUUCCGCCGCGCCCGCCGCCAGUUCCGAUCCAUCGGCCCCCGCUCAGAAGCAUUCUUCAUCGCCUCCUGCCAAGACUUUGCCCGUGAGGACAAAAGAGUCCCUUCAGGAAUAUGUCCUCAAUCGCAUCAUGGCACGGGACAAGGUGGCCCACGAGGCUUUUGUCAAAACGGAAGAACGAGCGAGGGCGGCAAUGGACAGGCUACACAGAAAGGUCGAGGAGUAUGAAACAAUCCACGCGCAUAAGAAUGAGUUUACACCAAGUCGCAUGUACGGCCAGGGUUACAACGGCUUCGGGAACGGCACGACUGAUGAUCCCGCCGGUCCUCGAAUCAUCUAUCCCAAAAACAAACCGAGACCUGGCAAGAGGACAACCGAGCCACUCAAGUGGCGGAAGAAGGACAUGCGCAAGCAGGCCGAACAACACGAAGAGCUCGUUCCCAUAAGAAUCGACGUGGACUAUGACAAGGUCAAACUUCGAGACACUUUCACCUGGAACCUUCACGAUCGUCUGGUAUCAGUGGACCUUUUUGCGCGCCAGCUAUUGGAAGACCUCGGCCUGACGCCACAGAAGGAUCCAACGUUGUAUUCUCCCGUUUUGACGCAGGUUGGCCGCCAGAUCCUCGACCAGCUUGAGGAUUUCUAUCCCAGUGUUUGUUCAGACGAGGAUGCAUUGGAUCCUGAGCUGCCAUACUCGGCGUACAAGAACGACGAGAUGAGGAUUCUUGUGAAGCUAAACAUCACAAUAGGGCAGGUUACCUUGGUGGACCAGUUCGAGUGGGAAAUCAACAACCCAAUCAACUCACCCGAGGAAUUUGCGAACAGCAUGUCACGGGAUUUGUCGUUAUCAGGCGAGUUUGCGACAGCUAUAGCGCACUGCAUACGAGAGCAGAGUCAACUUUUCACCAAGAGCCUGUACAGUAUAGGCCAUCCGUUCGACGGUCGCCCGGUGGAGGAUCCUGACCUGGUCGCCGCAUUUCUGCCUUCUCCGAUUCCAUCUGUCUUUAGACCGCAACAGCAAGCUAAGGAGUAUGCACCUUAUCUUUACGAGCUCACAGACGCCGACUUGGAGCGUAACGAGGUCAUAUUCUCUCGCGAACAACGGAGACAGAAACGAUCAGUCAACCGUCGUGGAGGGCCGCAAUUACCAGAUCUCAAAGAACGCCAGCGCACCGUUCGCACGCUCGUUGUAUCCUCAGUGCUGCCCGGUGCCGCCACCAGCGUGGAAGAGAGCAGGCUAUACAAGAGGGUUCCCGCGGGUCCUGGGCCUGGAGGGCGUAGGAAGGGAUUACGGGAUGGUGAUCUGUCAGACUCAGACGAUAGCGAAGACUCUGCGCCAGAUUCACCCGCCUUAUCCCAGCUAGUUGGCACCGCUCGCACGCGCGGUAUGCGCGGAGCGGCGACAGCGGCGCAGCAGAGGAUGGCGAACCUGGGCCGCUCAGAGACUCCGGAAUCAGGCACGAUAUUAUACCACGAUGCGCGCCCAUCUCGGCGCUUCAACCCGCGUGAGGCUAGAGAAUCUACGGAGGAUACCCCAAGUUUGGUUGUGAAACUCACUGUUCCGAGAGAGCGGCUGAAGAGGCUGCUCGACGGCGAGAGGGUCAAACCAUCCAUACCGGUUGGUCUGAGAACACCAGGCAUGCCUCAGCGGAAUCCGGGUGCCAUGGGCCCUCCAUCAACACCAGCGACAUCCUCACAAAACUUGGCGGCUACACCUUCCGGCGUACAAUCGUUGCCACCAGGGCAAUUUGGCCGCCUUCCCGCACCACGGCCACCAAUAGGCGAUCCUGCCCCGACAGCGCCUCCUGUUCCUGACUGGCUCGUGGCUAGCCUACGAGAACUGCAACAAUUGUACCCCAGCGACAUGUUUGAGGGCACUAUGAGGUAUUGCGCUCUCAAGGCCGAGACUAAUCAAGUGGUGGCCGCGCCGCCCUUGGAUCAGCCGGCACCUCCGGAACUUGUUUUCUACUACCUCCCGCGCAUCCGUUGUCUUGACUGUCCUGGAAAGGUCUACACUCCAGGACCAGAUACGUCAGUCAUCAACUUUGAGGUGCAUCUCAAGAACCGUGGCCACCGCGAGAAGGUGGACCAACGCGUAGGAAGGUUAGUCUCACAAAAGAAAAUCCCCCCCGUGGCCUACUGCCCCACGCAAUCCUUCCGCUUCCGCCCCUCGCCCAUCGGCCUCUCAAUCACCUGCUCCCCGGGCGCCUUCGGCAUAGGACUCCGGAUAUUCCAGCCCCAUCAGGGCUAUGCGCACAACCAGAUACUCUACUGAACAUGGUGUCGCAGCCAAACCUGACGAGGGGAUUUACGGGAUGGACGUUUGGGACGAGAGCAGCGAAAGUGAUGAAACAGAAGAUGACCCCAGCGAUGCCGAUUGGAUCGAGGGCAGUUGUUAAAGCGACGAAUAUCUAUAACUAAAAGAAAUAGGGAUACAUCAUUCUAUUUCUCGAUUGUGUGCAUAUAUUAUCACCUUGGCCCGCCCAUUGUUUAGCUUUCUUCUUUUUUCUUGCCCUAGGCCCAUGUUGUUUUUGGCCUGUAUUUAUUUACUCAAUAUAUGAUCAUCCCAUUCGGACUCGGGUCUUUGGCUACUAUAUACGUAAUCAUUUUGCAC